AGAAAUGCAUAAACCCCAUGAUUGGCAACGUUACUGUGAAGUGCAUAGAGAGUGAAAGGCAAGCACUACUUACUUUGAAACAGGGUUUUCAUCUCAACAACAAUGCUUGGCUUUCUUCUUGGGGACAUAGAGAGAAUAAAAAAAAAAAGUGUUGUAACUGGGAACAAAUUCAGUGUAGCAGUGAAACAGGCCAUGUUUUGAAGCUUGAUCUUCAUGUUUCUGAUCAUGUAAGAGCUGGCUCCAUUACUACAGCACUGGCUGAGUUGCAUCAUUUGAACUAUUUGGAUCUUAGUUACAUUUCCUUCAAUCUCACCCCAUCAAUUCCUAUCUUUAUUGCCUCUUUAACCCAUUUGAGAUACCUCAAUCUUUCACACUCUGGCUUCCAAGGAAAAGUACCCCAUCAGUUUGGCAACAUGCUCUUCUUGGAAUAUCUUGAUCUUGGAUAUAAUAGCCUCUUUGCAGAAAUUCCUCCUCAAAUUUCAAACCUCUCCAAUUUAGUGUACCUUCAUUUCGGAUCCAAUUCUUUUCAUGGGAACAUUCCUCCACAACUUGGAAGUCUCUUAUCCUUGAAAUAUUUGGAUUUAAGUGAAAAUGAUUUCAAUGGAACUAUUCCUGAAAAUUUUGGAAAUCUUUCAAAUUUGGAGUAUCUUGACCUUAGCUCCUCUUACCAAAUAUCUUUGAGUUCUGGUUUGCAAUGGUUAUCUCGUCUUUCAUUUCUGAGGCAUCUUUCACUCCCUAAGGUUAAUCUUAGCACUGCAAACAAUUGGCAACAACUAGUGAGUGGUCUUUCUCAUCUACAAUACUUGGACUUCAAUGGUUGUGAUCUUUCAGAUUCCAUCCCCUCAUCACUUUCUUCUGCUGCAAAUUUCUCCACUUCUCUGUCAUUUGUGGAUCUCUCUGGCAACAAUUUGAUGAACUCUUCUUUGAUAUUUCCAUGGUUAAUGAACUCUACUAGCAGCCUAGCCAUGCUCAAUUUGGAUCACAAUUCUCUGAGGGGAACUAUACCACAAUCCAUAGGGGAAUUGAGCUCUCUUGAAUACUUGAGUCUUGCCAGCAACCAACUCGAAGGCCAAAUACCUUUAUCAUUGUUUCAUGUUUGCAGCUUGAGAGAAUUAGACCUUUCUGGAAACAGGUUGAGUGGCCAGUUUCAUGAGUUUGCUAAAGCAUUGUCCAAUUGUAAUCACAAGCAAUUGCAAACUUUGAAUAUGGGAUGGAAUGAAAUUACAGGUAUGGUGUCAGACCUUUCUUCAUUUUCAUCAUUGCAAGUGUUACGACUUGAUAGCAAUGGAUUAAAUGGAACUUUGCAUGAAGGCAUUGGACAACUAUCCAAUGAGGGAGUUAAGGCUUGGAAAUAA